CUCACUGUUCGGUGCACAAUGACUCAAUGAAAAGUGGAGAGGGGAGAGGCGAGAGCGCACUGUACGGCUGCACGACAGAGAGAAGAGGACGCACGGGAGAGUAGGAGGGAGCUCUGAAAGCUGGGGACAAGUCUGAGAGGAGGAUAUACUCUUCCUCAUCUCUCUCAGGGGCCACUCACGGAUCAAAGCAGUUCAGUUCUGAACUUCACCUGCCUGGUGCUGCUCAACCUCCCUGUCUUGAGCCAUUUCCUUGACGUCCACUCCUGAAGGGGCAACAUCUGAUCCCGGGUUCUGGAGGAAGGGAUCUCUGGGUUGUGAGCAGCAGUAGUAGGAGCAGGAGGAGGAGGAUGAGGAGGAUGCCUGCCGGGAGGAGAGGGGACGGAGUCGGGUCAGGAGGCCGGGCUCUCCGCUGUGAGCCGUGGACGGCGGUGGCGUGGGGCGCCCUGGUGCUGCUGCUGCUGCCGGCGGGGAGUCCGGGAGGCGGAGGUGCGGAGGCGUGCCCGGCUUCCUGCAGCUGCCUGGGGAGCACCGUGGACUGCCACGGCCUGGGGCUCCACUCCGUGCCCAAAAACAUCCCCAGAGGCGCAGAGAGGCUAGAUCUGAAUGGGAACAACCUGACCGUCAUCAGCAAGACAGACUUCUCUGGUCUCAAACACCUCAGAGUCCUUCAUCUGAUGGAUAACCAGAUCAGCAACGUUGAGAGAGGAGCCUUUGAUGAGCUGAAGGAGCUGGAAAGACUUCGCCUCAACAAAAAUCGCCUGAGCCUGAUUCCGGAGCUGCUCUUUCAGAAGAACGAAGGCCUGUCUCGACUGGACCUAAGUGAAAAUGCCAUCCAGGCCAUUCCGAGGAGAGCGUUCAGAGGCGCCACAGACCUCAAAAACCUGCAGCUGGAUAAAAACCACAUCAGCUGCAUUGAGGAGGGGGCGUUUAGAGCUCUGCGAUCUCUGGAAGUACUCACGCUGAACAACAACAACAUCACUAGUAUUCCAGUCUCCAGUUUCAACCACAUGCCGAAGCUCCGCACCUUUCGUCUCCACUCUAACUCUUUGCGUUGUGACUGUCACCUGGCCUGGUUGUCUCCAUGGCUGCGACAGCGGCCGGUGUUGGGCCUCUACACCCAGUGUAGCUCUCCUCCGACCCUGAGAGGCCUCAACCUGGCCGAGCUGCGCAAGAGCGACUUCUCUUGCUCAGGCCAUGGCGACAGUGCCUUCGUUCAGCCAUGCAGUUUGGCAUCCGGGUCCUGUCCUCCCAUGUGUUCCUGCAGCAACAACAUUGUGGACUGUCGAGGGAGGGGCCUCACUGCCAUUCCCGCCCACCUCCCUGAGGCCAUGACUGAGAUUCGUCUGGAGCAGAACGGCAUCAAGUCGGUUCCUCCGGGCGCCUUCACCUCCUACAAGAAGCUUCGACGAAUAGACCUGAGCAACAACCAGAUAUCUGAGAUCGCUCCGGAUGCUUUCCACGGCCUCCGAGCUCUCAACUCCUUAGUUCUGUACGGAAAUAAGAUCACCGAGCUGCCCGCCGGAGUCUUUGAUGGUCUUUCCUCUCUGGAGCUGCUGCUGCUGAACGCAAAUAAGAUCCACUGCGUCCGAGCGACGGUGUUCAAAGAUCUGGAGAACUUGGCUCUCCUGUCGCUGUACGACAACAAGAUCCAGAGUCUGGCCAAAGGCACCUUCAGCUCGCUGCACAGCAUCCAGACGCUCCAUCUGGCCCAGAACCCCUUCGUGUGUGACUGUAAUGUGAAGUGGCUGGCCGACUUCCUGCGCUCCAACCCCAUAGAGACGAGCGGAGCGCGCUGUGCCAGCCCUCGCCGCCUUGCCAACAAACGCAUUGCGCAGAUCAAGAGCAACAAGUUCAGAUGCUCCGCCAAGGAGCAGUACCACAUCCCAGGCACUGAGGACCGACGCCUGAGCUACGAGUGUAACAGUAAGCCGGUGUGUCCGGCUAAAUGCCGCUGCGAGGCCAACGUGGUCGACUGCUCCAACCUCCGCCUCACCAAGUUCCCCGAGCACCUGCCGCCCUCGACUGAAGAGCUGCGUCUCAACAACAAUGACCUCUCCGUGCUCGAGGCCACCGGAGCCUUCAAGGGCCUGGCGCAGCUCAAGAAAAUUAACCUUAGCAACAACAAGAUUUCAGAGAUUGAGGACGGGGCGUUUGAAGGUGCCUCCUCUGCGGUGGAGCUUCACCUCACAGCCAACCACCUGGAGUCUGUGAGAGGAAGCAUGUUCAAAGGCAUGGAGGGCCUGCGUAUGCUGAUGCUCAGGAACAACAAGAUCAGCUGUAUCCACAACGGCAGCUUCACGGGUCUGGCCAACGUCCGGCUGCUCUCCCUCUACGACAACCAGCUGAGCACCAUCUUGCCCGGAGCCUUCGACACGCUGCCCAACCUGUCCACCCUAAACCUCCUGGCCAACCCUUUUAACUGCGACUGCCGUCUGUCCUGGUUUGGGGCGUGGCUCCGAAGCCGGCGGAUCGUGACCGGGAACCCUCGCUGUCAGGGCCCGGCCUUCCUCCGGGAGAUCCCGCUGCAGGAUGUGGCUGUGCCCGAUUUCCGCUGCGAGGAUGGCUCUGUGCUGGAGGACAGCAGCUGUGCUCUGGGGCCCUCGUGUCCCAACCAGUGCACCUGCAUGGACACGGUGGUCCGCUGCAGCAACAAACACCUGCAGGCUCUGCCCAGAGGGCUGCCACGCAACGUCACCGAACUGUAUCUCGACGGUAACCAGUUCACCAGCGUUCCUAAGGAAUUGGCCACCUUCAAAUACCUGCAGCUUGUAGAUCUGAGCAACAAUAAAAUCAACUCCCUGUCUGACGACUCCUUCUCCAACAUGAGCCAGCUCACCACACUGAUCCUCAGUUACAACUCACUCCGCUGUAUCCCUCCUCUGGCGCUGGGUGGCUUGCGCUCCCUAAGGCUGCUCUCUCUCCACGGCAACGACAUCUCCGAGCUGCAGCAGGGCAUCUUCAGUGACGUGGCCUCCCUGUCUCACCUGGCGAUCGGAGCCAACCCGCUGUACUGUGACUGCCGUCUGCUCUGGCUGUCAGACUGGGUGAAGAGCGGCUACAAGGAGCCCGGCAUCGCCCGCUGUGCCGGGCCCCGCGGCAUGGAGGGCAAGCUGCUGCUCACCACCCCAGCAGACAAGUUCCAGUGUGUGGGUCCAGUGGAGGCAUCUGUUCAGGCUAAAUGUAGUCCAUGCGUGUCCUCCCCCUGCCAGAACCAGGGCGUCUGCCAACUCCACCACACGCAGCAGUACACCUGUGCCUGCAAGUCGGGCUUCACGGGUAAACACUGUGAGACGCCAGUCGAUGCUUGCGUCAGUAAUCCCUGCACCAACGGAGGAACCUGCCUGAGUGACGAGCAAACCAGAGGGUUCAGCUGUGCAUGUGCAUUUGGUUUCCACGGCACUUUUUGUGAGGUGAAUGUGGACGACUGUGAAGACAACGGAUGUGAGAAUGGUGCCACUUGUGUUGAUGGAGUCGGCAACUACACCUGCUUGUGUCCUCCACACUACACAGGUCUGUUUUGUGAAGAAAAGGAAGGUGUUUGUUCGCCUGGUAGAAAUCCCUGUCAGCAUCAGUCCACUUGCGUCAGCACUCCUACCGGCCCCAGGUGUGUAUGUAUUCCAGGCUGGGUGGGGCCGGACUGCAGUAUAGAUUACGAUGAGUGUGGGGAUCAUCGCUGUCAGAAUGGCGCUCAAUGUGUGGACCGUCUGGACGGAUACAGCUGUGUCUGUCCACAGGGAUUCAGUGGUGAGUUUUGCGAGGUGGCCCUAUCCCCCCCGUCGCCCUGCCAGCUGGCCCAGUGUCAGAACGGCGCCCCCUGUGAGGAGAAGACGGGGAGUGCAGUCUGUCAGUGCCUGCCGGGCUUCGAGGGUCAGGGCUGUGAGAAGCUGGUCGUCGUCAACUUCGUAGACAAAGAUUCUUACGUUCAGCUUGAAGACGUCAAGAACUGGCCUCAAACCAACAUCACUCUGCAGGUGUCGACUGCAGAGGAGAACGGAAUUUUGCUCUAUAACGGAGACAACGAGCCAAUCGCUGUGGAGCUCCAUCAGGGACAUGUCAGAGUCACCUAUGACCCUGGGAACCAACCUGCCACCACUAUCUACAGUGCGGAGACAGUGAACGAUGGGCGUUUCCAUACAGUCGAGCUGGUGACCUUUAAUCGGAUGGUGAACUUGUCGGUGGAUGGAGGAGAGCCGACGACGCUGGACAGUCAAGGCCGGAGCCAGGCAGCGACGGGGGAGGCCCCCCUGUACGUGGGAGGUAUGCCUGAGGAGGUGAUGCCUACCUCCCUGGGUCUCUCCUCUCACUCCCUCAACACGUCCAGUUUCCAUGGCUGCAUCAGGAACCUUUACAUCAACCAUGAGCUGCAGGACUUCACCCGUAGCCACAUGAAGCCGGGGGUGGUGCCGGGCUGUCAAGCCUGCCGGAAGCUCUACUGCCUGCAUGGCAUCUGCCAGCCCAACACUGCACAGGGCCCACAGUGUCACUGCCAAACGGGUUGGACAGGACAACACUGUGACCAGCCAAUAGCAGCAGGCCUUGCUGGACUUGACGUUGUCACCACGGCAACAGGUGUCAACCCGUGUGAUGGCAGCAAGUGUGUGAAGGGAGUGUGCAUGGUGUUGGACGCGCAAACCUACCGCUGCGACUGCGAGCAGGGAUAUCACGGAGCGCUGUGUAACCUCCAGGAGGAGGCGGCAGGUUCCUGCCAGGCUCUGCAGUGUCUGCACGGCCAGUGUCGGAAGACGGAGGAUGGAGAGAGCUGCGUCUGUGAGCCGGGAUACACCGGAGAGAACUGUGAUAUAGAGUCCCCGUGUCGAGGCGAUCCGGUCAGGGAUUACCACCGGCUUCAGCGCGGCACUGUCCUCUGCCAGACGUCAAAACCUUUCUCCUGGGUGGAGUGUCGGGGUCGUUGCCGGGCGGAAAGCGAGCGGGCCGCCGCCACCGCCAUCACCCCCUGCUGCGCCCCCCUGAGGGUCCGACGCCGGCGGCUCUCCUUCGAGUGCGACGACGGGACCUCGUUUACGCAGGACGUGGAGAAGCCCGUGGAGUGCGGCUGCAAGGAGUGCGUGUAGUACUGUUGGAAGUGAUGGCGCACCACAUACACACAACACACACACACACACAGCUGAAGAAGUACACACACUGUAGGUUUCCCAUCACUGAUACACAGACAUUUUUUUGUUUUGUUUUUUUUUUUUUUUGUGUGUGUGUGUGUUUCUCGCACACAGUUUUUGUAACAUGAGACAUUUCUUCCCCGGUCGAGACAUGAAAUCAACGAGUCAACCUCAUCAUCAGCCUCCUGGUCUUGAUGCGGGAGAACCCGCGCCCCUGCUAACUAACUCCUACUCAUUAUCGCCACUCGACUGCUGCUCUUCAGUCACUCGCACAGCGAACUUGUCGCAGACAAGCUGGGACUCACUUAUGGAAUAAAAGCUUCGGCGGUUACGGUCGAUCAUGGAAAAUUACUGUUUUGAUCUGCGGCCCACAUAACUACACACGUGUGUCUGGUUUUCUACAGAAGUGAAGGCCGUUUCUCUGACAGGCUUUAAGCGUUAGUCGUUUUUUGUUGUUGUUGUUGUCGUUUUUUUUGACGUGAGUGAAGUUUACCAAAGCCACAGCUAAUGAUCCACCUCUGAAAUUCCUCAACCAGCCUCAGUUUUUGCAUUUUCCUUCUCUUAAAUGAGCAUGAACCAUAAAGCAGUGCGCUCCAUCCUCCGCGCACCUCAGUCUCUGAACUCUCUAAACCAUUGCCACACUACUGUUCCCAAAAGUGGUGCGUUUUUCAUCAGUGCCGACUCAAAAUAUGUCCGUGAACAGUUUCACACAGCAUGCCAUGUGAUGAUGUGUACCACCGGUUCUCUCAUUAACUGUAUGUGUAGAGGUGAAAACAUUUUAUUUUAUUUUUUUUUCUUCAGAUCUAGAUCUUGACAAUUGUCGUGUUAAUCGGGACAGUUUGUGUGUAGGAUCGAUACUAAUGUGUUGUUUUAUGAUGAAGUCCACUGAUUUGAUUUGCACACCGACCAGCCACAACAUUAUGACCACUGACAGGAGAAGUAAACGACAUUUAAACCAUCUUUUGACAAUUCAGUGGGAAACUUUUGGACCUGGUUUUCAUUCACGUGGAUGUCAC